AUGGAUGAGGGUGCUAAUAAGGAAGAUGAAAUGGAUGAGGGUGCUAAUAAGGAAGAUGAUAUUGAUGAUGAAUAUGAAGAGGAUGAAGAAAUUGGCAAUAUUACUGACACAUAUGACCCAUACAUAUCAUAUUGCUGGAAUCUUGUCUUAGUGGUUGAUAGGAGCAGUCCAUGGAGGUUCACUGCUUCCUGUCUUGCUUUAAAUUGUGGUUGGAGAAUUCAUUCAAGUAGGCUACCAGAUGGAGUUUCUUGGGCUAUAAAGAGUUUAAUGAACUCUGAGCACACUUGUGGAGGGCUAGAUGAAAGGAAUCCCCUAGUGACUGUUAAAUGGGCUGCAGAAAAACUAAUGGAAGAUAUAAGGGCUAAUAAUGACAUCUCUGAAAAGACACUGAAUGAUCUCUUAUUCAGUAGAUAUGGAGUGCACAUGGAAACCAGUACCCUUUACAAGAUGAGAGCAGUAGCAUUGAAGGAGAUAAAUGGUGGGCAUGAUACUUCCUAUGGACAUUUGCCAAAGUAUUGUGAGAUGGUUAAAGAAACCAACCCAGGAUCUGCAGCUAACUAUGCAUGGAAGAAACUUAAUCCACCUGAUCCAUCACUCACUUUCUCAAGUAUAUUCAUUUCAUUCAAGGCUGACAUUGAUGGUGUUGUUGCAGGAUGUAGGAGUUUAGUGGGGGUUGAUGGAGCUCACUUGAAAGGACAUUUUGGUGGGGUCCUUCUGUCUGCUGUGGCUAAAGAUGGAAACAAUGAAUUGUUUCCUUUUGCAUGGGCUAUAGUUCCCAAGGAAGAUGGUGACAAUUGGAAGUAUUUUUUCUGGCACUUGAAGCAUAUUCUAUCAGGUUCUAGGAGGGGUAAUGGCUGGUGUAUUAUUUCAGACAGACAAAAAGGAAUAGAUGUGGCACUAACUGAGAUAUGGUCUGAAGUGGACAGGAGAUAUUGUUGUAAACACUUAGCCAAGAAUUGGACACUACAAGAAAACAGCUGA